AUGGCACGGCUGGCGAGGCUGGCGAGGCUGGCAAUGCUGGCGAUGCUGGCGAUGCUGGUGAGGGCAGUCGUGGAUGGCCAGGAGCUCCCAUUGGCUGGCUGCCUCGCGUUUGCUCGCGUCUUUGACCGCUCGCCCGCUCUCUCUGCUCCCUUCCAUGUCCCGUCUCACCAGCCCCGACGCCAGAUCUGGCAGCGUCGAUCGCCCAGGUGA